AUGUCAUUCCAUCGUAACACCAUACGUACCCGAUCGAUUAGUACUGGUCCACAUCAAUCAUCUCGGUUCUAUUCCAACGAACCUGAGAGCGAUGGCUCGUCUCGAAUUGAUCACAUUCCAAGUAUUCUACCCGAAAUAGCAAAAAUCGUACGAAAAUUAUUACCACAGGAAACUCCAUUACACGUGCAUGUACGAAAUGUCGAAUAUGCUGAAAAUGGAUGUCAACGGUUAAAUGGCACAUUGUAUAUGACAAUAUUUCGUUUGAUAUUUGCACCUGACAAUGAUUUAGAUAGUAAUAAUCUUAUCGCAUCAGGAAAUAGAUACAUAGGAGAAUAUGAUAUCCCCUUGGCAUCUAUUUAUAGAAUUAUCGUUGCACCUGUUGAUUCUCGAUCGGGUUUUCGAUCAUUUCUUAAUGAAAAUCAGAUUCAAUCCGAAACUCGCUCGUUCACAAUCAUUACUCGAGACUUCCGAAACUUAACAUUCUCAAAAUGUUCAGUAACAAAAUCGAAUUCUCUGGGAAGUAAACAGCAAACAUCUACAUCACAAAUGGAAAAGUACAUCAAUUCGUUACAAAUUCAAUAUCGUUGUCAAUACAAAGAACAAUUAUAUCUCUUCCAUCUGAUACAAAAACCUCCAUCGAAUAAUUUAAAUUCUCGACCUUCACGUAGUCGUGCAUUGUCACCAAUAACGUCUUCGUCAAGCGGUCGAUCCGCCGAUGAUGACAUCGUUGACUUUUGUUUGAGCAACGAUGAACGUAUUAAAAGCUAUAUAACCUAUCAAGAUUGGAAUGAUGAAUUGUACGCGGCGAAUGAAAGACAGUGGGUGGUUAACCACACCAAAUUCGAUAAGUCGUAUAUUGCGCGAACUGAAGGACCAUAUGUUCGUUUGAUAACUCUAAAUGAAAGUGAAAAUCUCGACCAAUUGAUUUGGCAUUGGACCCAUACAUCUGACGCGUCAAUCGAUCAUCGUCAGCAAUACAAAAGAGGACAAAUGCAAUAUAUGCUUAUCACUGUACCUGAUAUAGGCGAGAUCACCGUUGCUGGAGAUCCUUUUCGCCGAAAUGACACAGAUGCCAGUUUAACUUACUCACAUCACUAUAUACAUGAGAGAACAUUCCAUCGAUAUAACUUGGCAAAAUUUCCGUGCAAUUUAAAACGCUUGCAAACUACUUACGAGAAACUAAUCGAAAUAUGUGCAAUGUCUUGUGACGAUGAUAAUGAAAAAUGGCUAACUAAACUUCAAGCAUGCAAAUGGUUGAAAUACGUUUCGAAAGCAUUGCACGGCGCUGCUUCGCUUGCUAAGUUGUUAAACUGUAAACAUAUUGAGCUGGCAGGAAGUGACACAGAUAAUAAUUGUUUGAUGGCAUCAUUAAUCCAAAUAUUUCUUCGACCGCGUUGUCGAACGAUCAAAGGUUUUUGUGAGUUAAUUGUUCGCGAAUGGAUCGUUCGUGGCCAUCCGUUUCGGGAACGUUUUGGUCAAGUGUCGUCCGAUGUGUACGGUUCACCGGCGCAAGAAGUUGGUUCUUUAUUUUUGAAAAAAGACUUUUUACAAAAAAAACCUAUUUCAUUUCAGGCACCAGUGUUCCUUCUCUUUCUCGAUUGUGUAUAUCAACUAAUCAAUCAGAAUCCGUUUGCGUUCGAAUUCACUGAAUACCUUUUACUCGAACUCUAUCACAAUGUUUGCUAUUGCUACCAACAUACCUUCGCUUUUAAUUCGGUUCUCGAACGUCUCGAUGCAAUCAGCAAUUGUUCAAAAUCUAUUUUGAUUCUGUCCGCAUUUGAUUUUUCACUAUAUCUGCUUCCAGAUAUUGUUCGUCUGUUGAAAAAUCAUGCAACAUUGAUCGUCCCUCCAAGAUCGUCUACUUCCAUUUCACAUACUAGAAGUAAGUCAUCUACGGAACAAUCACCAGGUCGUAUUAUCUACCGUCUUGAAAAACCUAAACCACCGGAUUACGUUCGUCAAAAUUCAUUGCCAUCACCAAUGCUCGAUUCCGAAUACUAUGAAUACGAUAAUAUCGAAGCACCGCAAACAUUUAUCCACGAUUUUCAAGUUGAUUGGCGUAUAUUCAACAUUACCCUAUGGUCGAAAUGUUAUUGCCGUUAUGAUCAAAAUUACUUUCCUAACCUCUUCGAACGACAAUUAUCGUUUGAAAUCAGUUGUCUACAAGAUGAUAUCAAACAUCUGCGUACAAAAUCUCGACGACAACCUCCCAUAGACAGUUUCCAUUCGAUUUUCCAUGCCAACUCGUGGCAUCCGCAGAUGCUCGAAACUCAUGUGUGA